UUGAAGGGCAAUAAAAUGACCAAAUGUGGGGAAGGCUUUGAGUUAGCGCCACCCACCACAAUGCCUAUAUUUAAAGGAACUCCCCAAGAUUCAUGCUAUUCACUUUCCUGUUUUGCCUUGCAUCCCCUUGCUGGAAGAGCUAUGGCAACUACCUUCUCCAGCCGCAGCCAGUCUUUUUCCAACAGUAUCCAUGGACCAAGGGCAGGAAGCAAGAAGACCAUAGGCAGGCCUCAGACAGCAUCAAGUAUCUAUGGGUCUGUGGCUGCCCUCUUGCCCUCUGUCAAGGACAGCCUCACUUGGCGAUUUGGGCAGAAAGAGACAAAUAUCCUUGAUGUGGGUCAAAAGGGCACAAUGCAGAAUUUGAAUGAUCGUCUGGCUGCCUAUCUGGAAAGGGUGCGCUCUCUUGAAGAGUCUAAUGCACAGCUGGAGCAGAACAUCCGAGAAUUCUACGUGAAGCGAGCCUCAGCCGGUGGUCCUGAUCUGAGUGGCUAUUUUAACACCCUCAAAGAGCUCAAGUCUAAGAUUGAACAGGAGACCCUGAAUAAUGCUGGGCUGCUCUUACAGAUUGACAAUGCAAAACUUGCUGCUGAUGAUUUCAAAGUAAAGCUGGAAUCUGAGGUGGCCAUGCGUCUGUCUGUGGAGGGGGACCUUGGUGGGCUGCGCAAGGUCCUGGAGGAGGUGAAUGCAAGCCGACAUACCUUGCAAGUGCAAGUGGACAGUCUUCAAGAGGAACUAGCCUACCUCAAGAGGAACCACAAGGAAGAAGUGGCCUCUCUCCAAGGCCGGCUGGGGGGCACCGUCAAUGUGGAGGUGGAUUCCAUGCCUGGUGCUGACCUCCAGAAAAUCCUUGCUGAAAUCCGUGACCAGUAUGAGAAUGUAAUGGAGAAGAACCGCCAGGAAGCUCAGGCAUUGCACAAGUCCCAGUGUGAUGCCAUCAAUCAGGAAGUUGCCAUCAGUACUGAAGCUCUUCAGGCUGCGCAGAUGAAGAUCACAGAACUCAGACGACUGGCCCAGGCUUUGGAGAUUGAGCUGCAGUCUCUUCAGAGCAUGAAAAUAGCCCUGGAGGGAACCCUGGCUGAGACCGAAUCCCGCUAUGGGACGGAGCUGAUGCGGCUGCGUGACCUUUGCACUGCCAGGGAGGCAGAGCUGCUCCAGCUGAGAACAGAUGCCCAACGACAGGCUGAGGAUUAUAAGCGGCUGAUGGAUAUUAAGAACAGACUGGAACAGGAGAUUGCCACUUACCGGCACCUUCUUGAAGGGUCUGAGGCUCAGCCACCGGCUACCCCAGAGCCCUCUACAAGCCGCCGGGUGAAGACUGUCAUUGAGGAGCUUGUGGAUGGCAAAGUGGUGUCCUCCCAUGUGGAAGAGGUUGAACAACCUAUGUGAAAGCUGCCAUCUUGGUGACAAAAGCAGUGGAUGUGGUGUUGGUGAUGGUGUGGUAGAGGGAGAAACACAAUCCUGCAUGACAUUUUGCCCACAGGGCUGAUUCCACAGCGAAAGACAGCAUUCUGCAAAUAAAGCAACUCUUUCCCUUCAUUCAA